AUGCGCCUUCUGUUGAUCAGACAUGGCGAGUCUGUUGACAAUGUAGCUGGUCUCUAUGCAGGCUCUCGUGAUUCUCCCUUAACAAGCCAUGGUGUUUUGCAAAUAAAUAGAUUGGGUGCUCAUCUAGCGAAGAGCUGCGAUCCUGUUGCCCCAAUCCAGUACAUAUUCACAUCCAAUCUUCGAAGGGCCUACGAGACAGCCGAUGCCGUCUCUAAAGCCCUAGCUGAUACCAGAGGCUUGACCAGAGGUUCUCUAAGCGAUGGUGCAACAGAUACCGGUGCUUCUUUGAAAGUGAUACGGCUGCCCGAGCUACGUGAAAGAGACUACGGGUCAUCUGAGGGCAAAAAAUAUAGGAAUCCUAAUGGCCUGGUUCAGUCAGACUCGGAAACUCAUGACUCUAUGAGAAUCAGAGUCGAUCGGUUUCUAGAUUCCCAUCUAGUCCCAAUCGUCGAUAAGCAUGUGUCGGACAACAUCACUGUUGCUAUAGUGGCACAUGGUAUCAUCCUCGGUGUUAUCUUAAAGGCAUUGCUUAAACGCUUUCCUAAGCCAGCCGAUACUUCGAUGCGAAGUGGAAAUCACGACAAGCAAUCUGAGUUUGCGGCGUGGAGCAACACUGGUGUCCUUCAGGCCAAGCUUGAAAUACUUAGUGGCAUGUCGAAAUCGGACUGUACAGGUGAAGCCGUGUCCUCCGUCAACACAGUGGCUGCAGGAAACGGUUCAGACUUGCAUAAGCAAACUAUAUGUCUAACUAUCGAGUUUACUAACAACGUCGACCACCUCGUGGGCUUGAAAAAGACUAGAGGCGGCAUUGGUAGCACUCAAUUUGACUCACGCCAGAGGACUAUGGACUCGUUCUUCGGUCCUACCUCGAAGAAGCGUAAACUUGAAGACUCGUAG